CAGAUCUCUCCAUCCUUCUCUCUCUCUCUCCAAAGGUUGAAGAUGGGUGUGGCGCAGAAGAUUUCUGACAUGGAUGAAGGAACGCUAGAGAUUGGCAUGGAGUAUAGAACUGUUUCUGGAGUUGCAGGACCAUUGGUCAUCUUAGACAAAGUUAAGGGUCCAAAAUAUCAGGAGAUUGUCAAUAUCCGUUUAGGAGAUGGAACAACUCGACGUGGGCAAGUCCUAGAAGUUGAUGGAGAGAAAGCUGUUGUGCAGGUUUUUGAAGGAACAUCUGGAAUUGACAACAAAUACACAACUGUGCAAUUUACCGGGGAGGUUUUGAAGACUCCUGUGUCACUGGAUAUGCUUGGACGGAUCUUUAAUGGAUCAGGGAAGCCAAUUGAUAAUGGCCCUCCCAUUUUGCCUGAGGCUUACUUGGAUAUUUCUGGGAGUUCCAUCAAUCCUAGUGAGAGAACAUAUCCAGAAGAGAUGAUCCAAACAGGGAUAUCUACAAUUGAUGUCAUGAAUUCCAUUGCUCGUGGACAGAAGAUCCCUCUCUUUUCUGCGGCAGGUCUUCCUCAUAAUGAAAUAGCUGCUCAAAUUUGCCGUCAGGCUGGUCUUGUGAAGCGGCUGGAGAAGUCUGGGAAUCUCAUGGAGGAUGGGGAGGACAAUUUUGCCAUUGUGUUUGCAGCUAUGGGAGUAAACAUGGAGACAGCACAGUUUUUUAAACGCGAUUUUGAGGAAAAUGGGUCAAUGGAGAGAGUUACCCUUUUCCUAAACCUGGCUAAUGAUCCCACAAUUGAACGUAUUAUUACUCCUCGAAUUGCUUUAACUACUGCGGAAUAUUUGGCUUACGAGUGUGGGAAGCAUGUUCUAGUCAUAUUAACAGAUAUGAGCUCUUAUGCAGAUGCACUCCGUGAGGUAUCUGCUGCCCGAGAAGAAGUGCCAGGAAGGCGUGGGUAUCCUGGGUAUAUGUAUACUGAUCUUGCAACAAUCUAUGAGCGUGCUGGACGUAUUGAAGGACGAAAAGGCUCCAUCACACAAAUUCCUAUUCUAACCAUGCCUAAUGAUGACAUAACACAUCCCACUCCAGAUCUUACGGGUUACAUUACUGAAGGGCAGAUAUACAUUGAUAGGCAACUCCACAAUAGACAGAUUUAUCCUCCAAUCAAUGUUCUCCCUUCGCUUUCACGGUUAAUGAAGAGUGCAAUUGGUGAGGGGAUGACUCGUCGAGACCAUGCUGAUGUGUCCAACCAGCUAUAUGCAAAUUAUGCUAUUGGAAAGGAUGUCCAGGCAAUGAAGGCUGUAGUGGGAGAGGAAGCUCUUUCUUCUGAGGAUCUGCUUUAUCUGGAGUUUCUAGACAAAUUUGAGAGGAAGUUUGUUACUCAAGGAGCAUAUGACACCCGCAAUAUCUUCCAAUCGCUUGAUUUGGCUUGGACACUGCUUCGUAUCUUCCCCCGUGAACUACUCCACCGAAUACCAGCGAAGACCCUAGACCAAUACUACAGUCGGGAUGCAGCAAACUGAUGAAAACAAACAAAUCCUGUUACCUAGUUUCCCAAAGCAAUUCAUUUUUUUUUAGUACGAGCUAUAUGUUCCCCGGCUUUUUCUCUAUCCUUGUUUUACUACAUAGGCCGCAUAGCUCGUUGGUGCCCAGUGAAUAAUAAAUGGGUGGGUUCUUUCAAGCUCGAUUGUCAAAGCUGUUCAUCUAGGUUUCUAGCCAUCCAUAUUCUUUCAUUGAGAACUUUAGGCUUCUGUAAUAUCUACACCUUUUAUUUAUUUUUUUCUGGCUACCCGGAUAUAUUGCGUGGAAACGGGUUUCACACAAAAAAGUUGAAUCUUCCUUUAGUGCUACUUGCUGUAUGUCAUGUUUGUUUGAUCUAUUUUGGCAUGUAUUUUGGUCUUCAGCAAUGUUCAUUCUAGGGAAUUAC